GUGUUAAAUAUAUUAAGAAGUUUAUUGAAAAGACUAUUUUUAAUGUUAUCUUUUUCCUUUAUAAUUAUAUCUAUCCUUUAUAAUUUUAGAACUUACAAUUUUCAGGAAGUCAAGUUCUUAAAUUAAUUUUACAUAAAACAACGAAAUUGCAUUCAAAAGUAUUUUUUGUUUUAUGUAAACUUAAUUUAAGUACUUAACCUCCUGGGAAUUAUGUGCUAAAAUAUAUACAUGUACAUAUAUAACAACACUGUAAUUAUUUUUUAUAACAGCAAUAUAAUAGUUUAUAUUGCCAUUACAAAACAUCUCGGUUAUAGUUAUAUAACAGUUCAGUUCUACGCUAUAUUUAUGUUAUGUAACUACAACAUCACAUGAGUAGGAAAUUAUAACUAACAGGAAUGUUACAUGUAACGUUCAUGUAAUAUUACCUGUUACAUUCCGUUUUAUUGCAGCAAUGUAAUGGUUAUAUAUUGGUGUUUGCUGGGAUACAUGUAUAGAGAUACUACCCAACACUGUUAAUAAUUAUAACCUCUUAUUCUAGUUUGAUAAUAGCUUAAUGUUGUGUAACUUGAACGCGCGAGACGCACAAGUGUUCUUAUAUAUAUAUUUUUUUUUCAUUGAAUAUUACUUCUAGUUAAGACCUAGUCAUAAGCGGCGCAUAUAAAACGCUACGCGACCGAAGUUUAUUUUUAGGUUAAAAAACCUGUCAUAUUUGAGUGUCAGCUUAACGGCACCGAUAGCCUAUUAAUUAUAUUUACUUACGUUGCAUGAUAAUCAAUAAAUAUAAGUUUAUUCGUACAACUGUUUCCAUGUGUUACCUUAGAAAUGUACGAGCUAGAAAAAAAACUCGUCGCAUAUCUAUUAUUCUCAAGAAUAGUUAUCCAAUUGCGUUUAAACAUCUCAUUUUUAGUUUCUUAUGCAUUUACUUUGUGGUUCACGAUUUUAUAAAAAAUUAUGUAUUAUCAAUUAUUAAUAUUUUGCCUCAAGUCCUUUAAGAUAGGAAAAACAAGUUUAUACAUCAUUUACAUAAACUUAUAAAAUUUUAAGUUAUUGCACUUAAGUGCAAACAUCUGCACUUUUAAGUGCAAUGCGAUAAGAACAAAAGAUACAACGCUAAGGCUGGAUCCUCAUGCAGACACCGGCGCUUUAGCACCAGCGCUCAAGCGCUGUUUCAAAUGUUGAGCAACAGCCAAUGAAAGUUGUCAAAUUGAGAACAAUCAAAGCGAUAGUUUUUAUCCAAUUUUCUAAAUAAGCUCCUAACUUUAUUGUGUUUCUUUAUUAUGUUUUUUUGUAUUAAAUGAUAUGCAAAUCUAUUUGAUUUUACAUGUUUUUCACAAAAUUAAAAAAUUCGACUCUCGAGCGGCCACAACAAUUGUCUAGUGACAUUCUAAUGACAAUAGCGUGCCCAAAGUUCGACCGAGUCCAACUUUUUCAGACAGCGCAAAUUCUUUGACACAAGUACAUACAUAUAUAUAAUGAAAGAUAAAAUGGCUAGAUAAUAUAAUAAGUAUAGGCCAUUGUUUAUUUGUGAUUGAACAAGUGCAAGGAUGAAAUGGCUAACUUUCAAAUAAGUACUUCAGUAAAUAUCUUUUUUAAUAAAAUUCCGCAGUAUAUUAUAGAAAUAAAUGUGUAUAAAUAAUAAAUAUAAUUGCACAUUUCAUGUUAUUUAAUAGUGUAAUAAAAUUCUGAAGAAUUACAUUAUGUUAUUUGUUAACAUAAAGUAAUUACAGGGAACAACGUUACGUUAUUGAUAACUGAACGAAUUUUUAAGAAAUCAUGUAAUUUUAUUAAAUAUCCUCACGAAACACAAAUAAAAUUCUAAUUUGAUAAUAGUUCCACUACAUGGAUGGCAUCCCAUAGUUAAACCUUCCAGGGCUUAUUAUUGCUAUAUUUAUACAAGUUAACAUAUAAAUUUUUUUGUAGGAAAACAUCUGUGCAUUAUGUGAUACGGUAAUUAAUAUAGACAUUGUGAUGGACCAUAGCUGUUACGAAGGUUUCAAUAAAAUCCAUGUUGAUGACGCAGGCUACGUGUAUCCACAGCUUGAUGAUGGAAUGAUUGUCGAUCCAAUAAAUGAGAGUCAAGAGGAAUCAUUGACAGAAGUUCUCCGCAAUGAAAUGUUGAUCGGCGAAAUUCAAAAGCGGGAACCUUUGUGGAAUUUUAAAAUUGCUGUUGCCGAAAGGGGCAGAACUACUGUUCAAAAGUUGUGGGAAGAGGUAGUGUCUGCUAUGAACGGUAACGUCAAGGAUGUCAACGAGGCGAAGAACAUAUGGAAGAAAAUGCGCUACAAUUAUAGCCGAAUUGUAACACGGGAGAAUAGUGCCAAAAAAGCGGUUCGGCUGGUAGUAGUAUGAAAAAAAAUAAAUGGCCGUACUAUGAAAUGAUGGCCUUCACUAAGGAUCUUUUCAUCGACAAUCGAAAGUAAAUAAUACAAUCAUACAUGUAACACAUGGUUUUUAAAUAAAUAAUGCGUUUCUAAUCUAUGUAUUUUAUCAAUUAUUUAUAGAAGAAGUUCUAAUAUACCAACAGUAAAUCUUUCGACGAACGAUGACUCGGUUGCAUCAACCAGUUCAUCUUCAUCAGCACCACCCCCAGAGAUAGGGCUGAAAAGAAAACGUAAGUCGAUAUUUUGAUGUUUAGCAAGAUUUGGGGAAGGAUUGUUAGAAAAUGGAGAAAAGUUGUAUUGAAAACUCUUUUACAUUGACAAUACAACAAAUAAAAGAAAAAAAAUUUUUUUAAUUACUUAAAGAAAAAUAAGAUAACUCAGGUGCUAAUUUAAGAGAUACUUUUGUCGCAUGCGCGCAUACAAAUUUUGUACCAAAGAAUUCAGUUACUUGUCAAAAAGUUGUUCUAUUAAGUUCAUGUACUUUUAUAGAACUGUAAAGAACCUCUUCCGAAUAAGAAAAGUUUCGAAACGUUAAUGUCGAAAUACAAAAUUUAUAAUACUGUUUUUUUUUUUUCCAAGAAAGAAUAGUUCUAAAAGAGAAACUUCAUUAAACCUUAUUUUUUCCAGAACGGAUAAGUUUAGAUAGAUAAAACUCAUAAUACUACUUCUUUCAAAGGUACAAUUUUUUUUAGAAAAAGUACGUAGUUUUAUAAAUUUUAUUUAAAAUAUUUUGUUUCAUAAAAGCUACGGUCUGGUGAAUUAUAUUUCGGAAUUUUUCCUUUUCGGAAAAAGGGAGCAUUUCCGUGUUGUUAACUUUUAAUUAUAAGUCGAAAAUAAUCUAACCUUUUUUGGUAUAAUAUAAACAUUGUUACAGGUCGCUCAACCGAGUCAAAUAAUGCAAUGCUGACAAAACUUACUGCUAUGUUGGACGUACCUGCACCGACAUUGCCUGAACUGGUCUUACCACCAUUACCUGUUAUGCCACCGCAAAAUGACGAAAUGGAAAAC